AUGUCGUCAUCUCGAGCUGCCUCUGCUAUUAAAGAAGUAAUCAACUUCAAAAAUGCUAAGAGGACGUCUUUCUUCCUCAUGAUAAUGAUAUCAAUAUAUCAUGGCUUUCUAAUGACAAAAUCUGGUGGUAAUUUGUGCAAGUCUCUACUGAGUGAUGGAAGAUCAGGGCCUGGUGGAGAAUUUCGGCCCUACAGUUGUAUGAUACAUACUUACUCAUCAAGAGACAGUCAUAAAUGUUUUAAAAGACUUGCGCCUUGGGGUGAUGUGGUCCGACUCUAUUUUGUUGGAGAUUCACGACUUAAAAAGCUAUUUAAUGCUUUUGUUUAUCACAUAAAUGAUGAAAUUGUUGGAGAAAAUACUACAUCAGAAGCAAGCAUUUCAAAUAACUUUCAGUAUGUUGCGGGAGAAGUCGACUUACGAUUUUUCUAUCAUGAUGAAAUUACAGAUGAUACACUAGAACUAGUCAAGUCAUGGAUCGGCUCUACAAAUUUAUCCAAUGUUACUGAAUCUAAUAUACGAAACAAAAAUAAUGACAUUUCUACACCUACUCACUUGAUAAUCUCUAUGGGCACAAAAACAAUACAACAUUAUAAUAGAUCCGAAGAUGGUCUUUUAGAAUAUAUGAACGGUGUUAAACGUCUUACUAGUGUUUUAGAAGAAUUGAAAUUCGCACGGUGCGUAUGGAUGCUACAAGACCCUGUUGCAGAAAGUCUUUUAUCUAAAGAGUUGAAAAUAAUUACAAAUGAUUUGAUCGAUAAAUAUAAUGAAUUUGCAUCAACAGCUAUGAAAUCUGUUAGUGGUGUAGAAAUAUGGAGUUCAAAUCGUUUAAUUGCUCUUAAAGUUGGUUUUCCAGCUAUAAAUUGGAACUGUCGUCAAUUACAAAUGUUAUCUACAAGUAAUUCAGAUAAAAUGGCAUCGGCAACAUCUAUAUUAGAUUAUAAAGAAGGUAGGGCAAAGAAUAAUGUCUGCUUAGAAAUGCCCACACUUUCAGAUGGAUAUCAUGUCUCAGAUAAAGCUAUGAAAGAGAAUGUACAAAUUCUAUUAAAUUUGUAUUGUAAUAAUCAAAUGAAAUUCUCUGACGGUACUUGUUGUCGUGGUUCUGAGCCAAUUACACCUGUACAAGAAAAAUGUUUUAUAUUUUACGCUAUUUGUGUGUUAAGUACUUUACUUUGUUUUCUGCACAAUCAAUUUAUUUCUCGUGGUAAGCCAUGUACACAAGUGAUAAAUUUUCGUAGAAUAUUUUUAUUUUUCCGUAAAACGGCUGAAGCGCAACCAUAUGUCCCAGUGGAAAGUGAACCUGAUGGUGAUAAUGGUGAUAAUGAGAAUAAUAAUAAUACUGAUACAACCAGUUCAUUAUUUGUGGAAUUUUAUGAACUAACUAGUGCUCUGUCCAAAUUUGGUGCUAUUAUGAUGUAUUUCUUUAUAUGUGACAGAACAAUACUAUUCAUGAAGGCCAAUAAACGUUAUACAAAUUUGAGCUUUUUUCUGCCGAUUAUCUAUUGCUUCGUGUUAGGUUUAUUCUUUAGUGGACCAACUAAACGAUCUCAAGUAAAUCAUUUGGAUAUAACACGUGAAUGGAAAGGAUGGAUGCAAUUAUAUCUUCUAAUUUAUCAUUUUACUGAUUCUUAUAGAGUAACUCCGAUUUUCAUGUCAGCUCGUCUUGUUGUAUCGAGUUAUCUGUUUCUGUCAGGAUAUGGACAUUUUUGUUAUUUUUGGCGUAAACCUGUACCACAAAUUAAUUGGUUAAAAUUAUUGAAUUAUCGUCGUUGCUCCAGAGAAUUCUGCAGUGCAUGGAAAGCAUUAUGGCAAAUUUUACAUCGAUAUUUAAUUGUUAUUUAUCGUUUUAAUUUCUUCGUCUUUGGAUUAUGUCUAGUUAUGAAUCGCGGUUAUUUAGCUUAUUAUUUUAUUCCAUUAGUAUCAUUUUGGUUCACUGUUACAAUGAUUGUUUGUGUUAUAUUCCCUCGUGUAUCUGGUCAAAAAGUAUCUGAAAAUCAAAAUAAUCGGGAUAAUAUCGAUUGUAAUGAUAACAGCAGUAAUCAUAAUAUCACUAGUAAUCAUAAUAAUAAUAAUGCUCUUUCUACUCAUGCUAACAAUGUUAACAACAUGACUACUACUCCUAUUCCUUCUACAACUGCAUCUACAAGUACCCCGUCUAACGCAACUGCCACUUCUACCGCUACAACUAAUAACUCCUACAACUACAAUCGUAACCGUUAUUUCAAUCACCAAUACUUUACUACUAACUACGAGGAAUAUCCACCUAAUCAUCAAUAUAUAGAAUCAGAUGAUGAAAUUUAUUCCCAUCAAUCUCCAAGACGAUCUAGCCUGAACAUGAAUAAAUCAUUCCUGUUACCCACCUCAUCGCCAUCAUCCCUGCUGUCAUCAACAGAUACAGUAAUUGGUGAAAUAUCUGAUUAUAUUCCAUGUCAUUCUUCAUCUGCACGUAAAUUAACGGCACCAAUUAAUUAUAAUUUACAUAAGGGUCAUUAUAAAGCGUUAUCACUCGGUACAGGAUUUGAUCUCUGUCAAAAUUAUUCUCUUAUUACUACUGAUACUGAUAGUUCUGUUCCUUGUAAUCCUCAAUUUUGUCAUUAUCAAGCCAAUCAAAAACUUGUUGGACAUCGAUUACAUCGCUCCGUUGUUAAGUCACGUGGACGUCUUGGUCCACCGUUAACGGAAGAUUUAAUUCGUAAAUUUCAAUGCAUUGUUUUACCAUUAAAAAAGAAGAUAUCACCAGCAACAUCGUCGACACUGAGCGCAACAACAACAAUAACCACGAAUAAAAAGCGAAUGGUAAUCAUGAACCAGAAAUUAAAACAGCCAUUGGAUUCUACUACUAAUACUACUAUUAUUACUACUUCUACUACUAAUAAAUGUCGUCGAUAUUUCAAAUCAAUAUGUUUCAUUCAUUGUAGUCGUAUACGAUUGACUUACGUAUUAAUGAUAAUAAAAUUUAUUGGUUUAAUAUGUUUUAUCGAAUCAUUGUAUCGUUCAAGAGGAUUCUUUCAUUGGUUAUUCUUCUCAGGACCACAAAAGUAUAUAUUUCAAUAUCAUCGUGAGUAUACACCAGCACAGAAAGAUGUUACCAAUAAUGAUGAAAAAAUAUGGUUUUUUCGUUGGUCAAUCGAUCGUUAUUCGGCUGUUUACGGUAUGAUAUUUGCCUUCCUGUGCGAAUCCCUACGACAAAUUGGAGUGUUAGAAGAUACCGUUGAUGAUAACAGCGGUGAUAAUUAUGCUGUCACUGGUUAUCUACAAGGCAUUAAGCAGUCGGAUGAAAUUCGUUAUUCUCGAUUACCACUGAGUAGUAAGAAUUACAAUCUUACUACCACUGUCGCUACCAAUAAUAAUGAUGAUAAUCAUAGUAGUGAUGUCAAUAAUCAUAAAAUUAACAAUGAUGACAUGGAUACUGAUUAUCAUAAACGAUUUCAAAAAGCUAAUCAUAAAACAUUCCAUUGUCAGAAUGAUUACAAUGAUGAGUCUUAUGAAUAUUUAAAUCAUUCAACAUCUUAUGAAAUCAAACAUUAUGAUAACAUUUUCAAUUCAACUGUUCAAUAUUCAAAUCAUUUGCAAAAACCAAUGAAUAGUACUAACAAUUUAUCAUCGUCGUCAUCAUCAUCCACAUUAUUGAGUCAUUUGAAUGAACAUAAUAACGAAAUUUCUUAUUUGUCUAUGCUUAUAUACAAAUGUUUCUCACCGUUAGGUUUAACCGUAUUAGGCAUAAUUGGUCUAAUGUUUUCUUGCAUAUAUGUAUUUGCCUGUUCGAAUCGAGAAACAUGUUUACAUAUUCACGCAUAUAUGUGUCUCAUUCCUAUAAUAUCGUAUAUUCUGGUGAGAAAUAGUUUCAGUUCAUUACGUAGAAUAUAUAGUAUAUUCUUUGCUUGGAUUGGUGAUAUGUCAUUGGAAUUAUUUAUUGCUCAAUAUCAUAUUUGGUUAUCAGCCGAUGCUUAUGGUAUACUUGUUCUAUUACCAGGUUUUCCAUUGAUCAACCUAACUUUGACAUCAUUUAUUUUUAUAUGUAUAUGUCAUGAAGUGCAUAUAUUAACACGUCGAUUACAAAAUUACAUUAUUCCUAAUUCCCCUUUAAAACUUGUUCGUAAUAUUUUAAUUUUUACAUUAGUAUUUCAUUUAAUUACUAAUUCAACAUUACAAAUAAUUCAAUGGGAUUUUUCUUAA